UGUGUGAUAAGAUUAAAAAAUAACUCUUUGAAAUAGGUAAUCUGAGUAUAAAAGAAUUACAAAAAAAAUGGAAGUAUCAUCGUGACUGUUAUAUAAGAGCCAGGAAAAAAGUAAAACAGUAUGUGCCGAGUGGGUCUGAUGCAUCUGCAGUAAAUGUAAAAUCUAAUUAUAGAUUUUUCGAACUAAUGAGACCCUUGGAUGAUACAUUUCCGACUACAUCAACAAUAAGCACAUUAUCAACGACGGUUGAAAAAUCAUCUUUGGUACAAAAGGAAAAUGAAAGUAACGACUUCUCAGAUUGCUCAGAUGUUGGACCAGAUGUAUGUUCUCACGAAUCAUCUGCAUUGUCAAGCCCUGGACGCUUAUCAUUCAACUCAACAUCUUCAUCAGUCUCAAAAAAACGAAAGAAGCAUGACCAGUCACAAGAGUUACAAACUGCUCUAUUAGAUAUUUUAAAGAUACCUGUUCCUGAAAAUGAUGCCAUAGAUGGUUUUUUAAAAACUCUAGGUGAGGCUUUACGACGUUUGCCAUACCGAAAGAGAGUUAUGUUGGAAAUUAAAUUUCUUCAAAUGACUACAGAAGCAGAGUUUGAAAACAAUGAGGAGAGUUGUUAA